CUCAAUCCGUCUCUUCCACACCAACAGCCCACCAUGACAUUCCCCCCGCAACAUCGUCCUGUAGAUGCGGAGAAGAGCAAAUCAGUCGCUUCAGGCGACGUGUACGCCACUGUUUCCGACAUCGAGCCCGGGUCCAUUGUUGGCCAAGAUGCUGGCGGGCUGCAGCGUCGUCUGGAUAACCGCCAGAUCCAAUUGAUCGCCAUCGGAGGCUCCAUCGGCACUGCGGUCUUUGUGAGCAUUGGAACCGCUCUGACCAAGUCCGGACCCGGCAGUUUACUGCUCGCCUAUCUCAUCUACAGCUGCGUCCUCGCACUGGUCAACAACUGUCUCGCGGAGAUGUCCACUUAUAUGCCGGUUAGCGGGGGUUUUAUUCGUCUGGCCGGCCGCUGGGUGGAUGACGCUUUUGGUUUCAUGGCCGGCUGGAACUUUUUCUUCUAUGAAGCGCUGCUGAUCCCCUUCGAGAUCACGGCCUUGACCGAGGUGCUGGCCUUUUGGAGCGACCACAUCCCCACUGCAGCCAUCUGCGUGGCCUGCAUUGUCCUCUAUGCAUCGCUGAACGUGCUUGCCGUGCGAGCCUAUGGCGAAGCCGAGUUCUGGCUGUCCGGUGGCAAGGUAAUUCUCUUCUUCGUGCUGUUCCUCUUCACCUUCAUCACUAUGGUCGGGGGCAACCCGCAGGGUGACGCCUACGGAUUCCGGUAUUGGAACCACCCCGGCGCAUUCGCACCAUACCUCACCGCAGGGCCACUGGGUCGCUUCGAGGGGUUUCUGGCGGCUCUGUGGUCGGCCUCGUUCGCCUGCGUCGGACCGGAGUACAUCUCCAUGGUGGCAGCAGAGAGCAAGCACCCGCGCCGGUACAUCAAGAACGCGUUCAAGACCGUCUACUGGCGCUUCGGGAUCUUUUUCGUCGGCAGCGCGCUCUGCGUCGGGGUGGUCGUGGCCUACAACGACCCCAACCUGGUCGCGAUCACGACCGGUGCUUCCGCAGGCGCAGGGUCCGCCUCCGCGUCUCCCUACGUGAUCGCCAUGGGCAACCUGGGAAUCAGCGUCCUCCCGCACCUCGUCAACGCCCUGCUGGUCACCAGCAUCUUCUCCGCGGGCAACACCUACACCUACACGGCGACGCGCGUGCUGCACGGGCUGGCGGUGGAAGGCCGCGCGCCGCGCAUCUUCCGGCGGUGCACGCGCCAGGGCGUCCCGAUCUACUGCUUCGGGGUCGUCAUGCUCUUCCCCUUUCUCUCGUUCCUGCAGCUGUCGAACAACACGGCGACCGUGCUGAGCUGGAUCAUCAACCUGACCACGUCCGCGGGCGUCAUCAACUAUAUCGUCAUGACGAUCACGUAUAUCUGUUUCUUUCGCGCGUGUCGCGCCCAGGGCUUCGACCGCGCCCGGCUGCCCUACCGCGGCUGGUUCCAGCCCUGGAGCGGGUAUAUCGGACUGGUCUGGAUGGUCUGCGUCGUGACGUGCUAUGGGUACAGUAGCUUCAUGCCCUGGAGCGCGGCGGACUUUGUGACCUACUACACGAUGGUGAUUGUUGCCCCGGCGCUGUUUCUGGGCUGGAAGCUGGUCAAGCGGACAAGGUUUGUGCGGCCAAUGGAGGCGGAUCUCGUCUGGGAUGCGCCGGCGAUUACGGCGUAUGAGGAGGAGUUGCAGGAGAGGCAGCCGGCGAUGGGGUUCUGGGCAGAGAUGGUGCAGCCACUGCAGGGGGUGUUGAGGAAGAGGAACUGAUGGAUAGGCGAGUGGUCUGUAGAUGAACAAAAAAGCCAACCCCGAGCUGGAAUGUGGGGUAUGUAAAUAGUCACUUGGCUGAUACUGGCC